CAGAAUGCAGUUAACAACGUAGCAGCGGAAGCUGUUUCGACCUCAAUCAUGGAUUCACCUAUCUGACACUGAGCUGUGGAUUUGUUUUUCUCAUAGUUGCUAUGUAUUGCGUGACUAUCUAUCAGAUCCAUAAUCACCGUCGGAAAAUGUGAUAUAGCGACUGGAGACAGUGCAGCGUUGAGCUCGGUAGCCUGCCUACCUUCCUUAUCUACUCUAGUUGCGUACUGGGGAUAGGCUAUAUGCUCGGUCUGUCCGUACGUCCGUGUGCCUCUUUCGGUGACUGGGACAUAGUUGAACCGCACUACUCGACUAUUGUUGGAUAAAUGACUUAUGAAAGUCUCUUCGAGUUCAGUGGACAGAGCCAGCGGCUGUAUGGGAAAUGAACGUGCCCGGGAAACAGCAACCUGAACUGUUAGAGCGACCAGCCAGCCUCUUGGUUCCAACUUGGACAAAAGCUGGAAUUGCCCUGCUGUAUAACAAGGAGACCAGUAAUACUUAUGAUGUUCGUCUGAAGCUGACAAAAGAGGUGUUGACCAUACAGAAGCUGGAUGUGGUUUGCACGAGAGGGGGUGACCCACAAUUAAAUCACAGAACUGUCGUUCUCCGAAGGCAGGCUGCUGGAGGUCUGGGUAUCAGCAUCAAAGGGGGUGCUGAGCAUAAAGUGCCUGUGGUCAUUUCAAAGAUGUUUAAAGAUCAAGUAGCAUACCAAACCGGAAAGCUAUUCGUUGGGGACGCUAUGUUACAGAUCAACGGUAUCAAUGUCGAAAACUGUAGUCACGAAGAAGUUGUUCAUCUCCUGCGGACUGCUGGGGAGGAGGUCACCAUCACUGUGCGGUACCUCAGGGAAGUUCCAUCUUUUCUAAAGCUCCCAUUGGGCUCUCCUGUACCAUCCGCUGGUCAAAGAGUCUCUUCCCCACUAUUUGACAGUGGUUUACAUUUAAAUGGGAAUUCUAGCAACACAGCUCCAUCCUCGCCCUCCAAACCCUCGGCUAUUGAACCAAAGUACGAGAAGCGCUGGCUGGAUGCGGUGUCCCUACCCUUGUUGAUGGCCCGAGUCUCCAGAUACAAAGCCGUAACGGCUAAAUUGAGGUCGAACAGCUUUGAAGUCUGCGCCUUAGAUGGAACGAGCACCAAUAUUCUACAAUUUUGCACUGCAGCAGAAAGCAUUGACUGGCUGCAAGCAAUAGCAACCAAUAUCAGUGAUUUGACACUGGAGAAUAUGAAAAUGAUUAACAGAUAUUGCUCUCCGGAUGAUCAGAUUGUCCACAUGGCUUGGGUGUGUGAAAACCCUCAAAAUGAUGCUGGUCCAUCAAGUACCUUCAAGUUCCUGGCGUUGAGAGGCCCUUCGCUCUACAUCUUCAGGACUCCUCCUGUUAGUGGAACAGACUGGGGACAAGCUGAAACUAUGUAUACCCUCUAUGAGGUUCUGUUAAAGGUUCACAAGCUAUGUGUGACGGAGGACUGUUGGAUCCAGGCCAAGUUCUACCUUGGUCUCCAGCAGGAUGAGGAUCUGCAGGACGGAGAGCCUUUCUGUUUCAGUAUCCUGGUCGGCCACGGCCAGAGUCACACCUUCAGUGUGGAGAUGACCUCUGACCUCGCCGUGUGGGAGAAGUCCUUCCAAAGAGCCGUCUUCAUGGAGGUGCAGAGAGUAGGGUCAAAGACCUACAUGUGCAGCAGCCAGAGUAAAGUACUGUGUUUGACCAUAGACUUUGGAUCUGGCUUCACUUGUUCUGAGAGCUCCUCGAAGAGUAUAUUAUGGAGAUACAAAUUCUCUCAACUGAAAGGCUCCUCUGAUGAUGGGAAAACAAGGGUGAAACUCCUCUUCAAGAAUGCUGAAAACAAACAGAUCGAGAUGAAGGAGCUGGAGUUUGGCAACCUGACAGCAGUCCUCCAUUGUAUUUCUUCCUUUAUGGCUGCCAAAGUGGCCUCUGUGGACCCGGUCUUUGUCAAGUGUCAAAGCAUCUCUGGAAAGUACAUGAGUUAAGACACUUCCUGGUGUUGUCAUGUACAUUUUAGUCACAUAAGCUAAUCGACUAUUUUAUGCACAUUCAAAUGAUAUGUAUUUCUUGUUCCUGUUAUUUUUGUAAGGCUCUUAUUACAUAAGAAGAAAAAAAAUAUAUAUAUAAAAAAAUUAAAAAAACAUCUGACUGGAAGUAAAGGAUAUUUAUAUUUGCAUUAAUUGGUUGGUAUUGACAUUUGAGUAUGAAUAUGCUUAAAGAUUGUUUCAUUUUAUCCAUGUAGAAAAACAUCUGUCACAAAAAAAAUGGUUUCUACGUUUGUUCAUGUGUGUAGACACGGCACAGUUUUCAAUUCAUGCGUAGAUGCAAGUUAACUUAAAAGCAGAACCGAUAAAACAGAACUGUUGUACUGUACUAAAUCAACACACAUGCAAACAUUUGUGAAUGUUUAUUCUGCUGGGCUAUACGAUCUCUGGUUCUUCACUUAUUCCCAGAACUGCAGCAAGACUACAGAUGCCGUGGCUGCAGCAUGAUUUUGGGGGAAAAGAGUGUCUGAUGAGUGUGUGUUGAGGCCCGCAAAUGCGGGGCUUGGAGCAGGCUUUCAUGACCACAGAGGGUAUUUUAGUUUUUAUUUCAGUGUAUACAGUCACUGAUAUGCUCCUUUACCAAACGGUGGCAGGACAAACACUGUUGGAAGAAGAUAUAGACUUAUUGUAGCAGUGGUAUCUCAGUGUAUCUGUCAGGUGGUUUAAAAAUGUUGCUUUCUGAAGUUAAAUUAACAUUUGUUUUUACGCUUUGUAGUCCCUUACUUUGUAUGUAGCACUGACAGUCAUUACAAAGCUUACAAAUAUAUAAAUGUUUAUAUUUAUAUUCCCUCAGCCUCUUGUUUUCUUUUAUAUUCCAAAAUAAAUCCAAGAAUCAUUCCUC